AUGGGUUGUUGCAAUUUUCGCAUCUACAGUUUGGUUUUGGGUGUCCUGGAGAUAGUUUUCUGUAUUGUUUUCAUAGUGACAACUUUUAUUGCCAUAUGCCUUCAUGACUUUAAGUUGCAGGGCGAUUUGCAAGAACAUGAAAUCAAAUCGAUUGUGGAUGUCGAUGCAACAACAAUUUUAAAAGCAGUUGUCACCACGACCACCACAAGCACAACAACCCCAGCCCCAGAUAUUGAUGAAGACGACGAACCGGAAGGUGACAGUUUAGUGAUUUUGAUAACAUGGUGUUUUUCCAAUAUUAUUUAUUGUAUUUUGGCCAGUCUGCUGGUGGCAGGAAUUAUUAAGGAAAGACCUAAUCUUAUGCGUCCCUAUAUCUUUGGAAACUUUGUCAUAAUUGGCCUCUUUGUGUUGGGUGUCGUGAUCGGUCCAAUUAAAGCAAUUAAUGCCAAUGCCCCAACCGGAGAAAUUGCCUUGCGCACCGUUUUGGAUGUUAUCUUUACAAGUCUGACCAUAUUGAUUUUUGUCCCUGUCUACAUUCUCUAUGAACGCAUGCGUGAAACCUACGAUCAGUCAGAACAAUUGGCAUUGAAAAACAACACAACUGCAGCUAAUCGAGUCAGCUACGUCCAUGGAGGUGAUGUAUAAGGGACGAUUUCGU